GUAUUCCUAGGUCGAAUCUAAUUGCAAUUGGAGUGUAUAUUGCAGUAUCUAGUAUUUGAAGCUCCUGGGUAUUCCUUUAUGGAUCCAGUAGAUAUGGUGGUUUCACAGCCAAUUACGCCCGGUCAGGUUUCGUUUCUACUUGGAGUUAUCCCUCUUAUGAUAGCAUGGCUAUACUCGGAAUUUCUUGAGUAUAGGAGGUCUUCUUUACACCCUAAAGUUCAUUCAGAUAAGAAUUUGGUUGAAUUGGAAAUGGUGACGAAUAAAGAGGAUGAAGGAACAGUUUUAAUGGAAGGAGGUCUUCCAAGAUCUGUCUCUUCAAAGUUUUAUAGCUCAUCAAUCAAAACAAACUUGCUUAGGUUUUUGACUUUGGAGGACUCUUUCUUGCUUGAAAAUCGAGCAACCUUGAGAGCAAUGGCUGAGUUUGGAGCAAUUCUUUUAUAUUUUUAUAUUUGUGAUCGAACUAGCUUGCUCGGACAGUCUCAAAAGAAUUACAACCGGGACCUUUUCCUCUUUCUCUACUGUCUUCUCAUCAUAGUGUCAGCUAUGACGUCCUUGAAGAAACACUCUGACAAGUCACCAAUAACGGGAAAGUCCAUUCUGUAUCUCAAUCGUCACCAGACUGAAGAAUGGAAGGGGUGGAUGCAGGUUCUAUUUCUGAUGUAUCAUUAUUUUGCUGCGGUUGAGUUUUACAAUGCAAUCAGGGUCUUCAUCGCUGGCUAUGUGUGGAUGACCGGUUUUGGGAACUUCUCUUAUUACUAUAUCCGAAAGGAUUUCUCCCUUGCACGAUUCACUCAGAUGAUGUGGCGGCUUAACUUUUUUGUGGCGUUUUGUUGCAUUAUUCUCAACAAUGACUAUAUGCUGUACUACAUUUGUCCAAUGCACACUCUAUUCACUCUGAUGGUCUAUGGAGCCCUUGGUAUUUACAGUCAGUAUAACGAAAUAGCAUCAGUGAUGGCUCUGAAGAUUGCUUCAUGCUUUCUCGUGGUUAUCCUUUUGUGGGAGAUUCCUGGAGUUUUUGAGAUCUUCUGGAGUCCUCUGGCAUUCUUACUGGGAUACACAGAUCCAGCUAAACCAGACCUUCCACGUCUACACGAAUGGCAUUUCAGAUCUGGACUCGAUCGCUACAUAUGGAUCAUUGGCAUGAUAUAUGCAUAUUUUCAUCCCACUGUAGAGAGAUGGAUGGAGAAAUUGGAGGAGUGUGAUGCUAAAAGAAGGAUGUCAAUCAAGACAAGCAUAAUAGCAAUUUCUUCAUUCGUUGGUUACCUUUGGUAUGAAUACAUCUACAAGCUGGACAAGGUUACAUACAACAAAUAUCAUCCUUACACAUCUUGGAUUCCAAUAACUGUCUACAUCUGUCUGCGAAAUUGCACACAACAGCUACGGAGUUUCUCCCUAACACUCUUUGCGUGGCUCGGCAAGAUAACUCUCGAGACCUACAUUUCACAGUUUCACAUCUGGUUAAGAUCGAGUGUGCCAAAUGGGCAGCCAAAAUUGCUAUUAUCAAUCAUCCCAGAAUACCCAAUGCUCAACUUCAUGCUCACCACAGCCAUCUACGUCUUGGUAUCUGUUCGACUUUUCGAGCUUACCAAUACAUUAAAAUCAGUUUUCAUACCCACCAAAGACGACAAACGGCUACUCCACAACGUCAUUGCUAUGGCUGCGAUAUCAUUUUAACUCUCUUCCAAUUGUUCCUCCAUUUUCGCUUCUUCCAAAUCCAAUCCUCGUUUCUCUCCUUCUUCCACUUUCUUCUCUCGCUCUGCCAUCAAUUACAGAGCUAAAUCAAAGCUAGCCUCUUCUUCUUCUUCCUUCUCCACUUUUCUCCCAUGUCUCAAUCGGAAAAGCUCCCUCACACGAGCUCUCAAACCCGUCUCAGAGCUCGCCGACACCACUACCAAGCCUUUUUCUCCGGAGAUAGUCGGGAAAAGAACCGAUCUGAAGAAGAUUAUGAUUCUCGGUGCUGGUCCGAUUGUGAUUGGACAAGCUUGUGAGUUUGAUUACUCGGGAACUCAAGCUUGUAAAGCUUUAAGAGAAGAGGGUUAUGAGGUUAUUCUCAUUAAUUCGAAUCCUGCUACUAUCAUGACUGACCCGGAAACUGCUAAUCGGACUUAUAUUGCUCCGAUGACUCCUGAGCUCGUUGAGCAGGUUAUUGAGAAAGAGAGGCCUGACGCUUUGUUACCUACCAUGGGUGGUCAAACCGCAUUGAACCUCGCCGUUGCUCUUGCUGAGAGUGGUGCUUUGGAGAAAUACGGUGUUGAAUUGAUUGGUGCUAAGCUUGGUGCGAUUAAGAAAGCUGAAGAUCGUGAGUUGUUCAAGGAGGCGAUGAAGAACAUUGGUCUAAAGACUCCACCUUCAGGGAUUGGGAACACUCUUGAUGAGUGUUUCGAUAUUGCUGAGAGAAUUGGUGAGUUCCCUUUGAUUAUCCGUCCUGCGUUUACUUUAGGUGGUACUGGUGGUGGAAUUGCGUAUAACAAAGAGGAGUUUGAGUCGAUUUGUAAAGCGGGUUUGGCUGCGAGUGUGACAAGUCAGGUUCUUGUGGAGAAAUCCUUGUUGGGUUGGAAAGAAUAUGAGCUUGAGGUGAUGAGAGACUUAGCUGACAAUGUUGUCAUUAUCUGUUCCAUUGAGAAUAUUGAUCCUAUGGGUGUGCACACUGGUGAUUCCAUCACUGUGGCACCUGCUCAGACUCUAACGGAUAGAGAGUAUCAGCGGCUUAGGGAUUAUUCCAUUGCGAUUAUACGGGAGAUUGGUGUUGAGUGUGGUGGAUCUAACGUGCAGUUUGCUGUAAACCCGGUUGAUGGUGAAGUUAUGAUCAUAGAGAUGAACCCUAGGGUCUCGAGAUCUUCUGCUCUUGCUUCCAAGGCUACAGGGUUCCCCAUUGCUAAAAUGGCUGCCAAGUUGUCUGUUGGCUAUACCUUGGAUCAGAUUCCUAAUGAUAUCACCAGGAAAACACCUGCUAGCUUCGAACCCUCCAUCGAUUAUGUGGUGACUAAGAUUCCUAGAUUUGCAUUUGAAAAGUUUCCAGGAUCUCAGCCCUUGCUAACGACCCAGAUGAAAUCUGUCGGGGAGUCUAUGGCUCUCGGUCGUACAUUCCAAGAAUCUUUCCAGAAAGCUCUGAGGUCUCUGGAGUGUGGAUUCUCGGGUUGGGGUUGUGCAAAAAUUAAAGAGCUAGAUUGGGACUGGGAUCAGCUGAAAUACAGCCUUAGAGUCCCAAAUCCGGACAGGAUCCAUGCGAUAUAUGCUGCCAUGAAAAAGGGUAUGAAGAUUGAUGAAAUCUACGAGUUGAGCAUGGUAGACAAAUGGUUUCUAACCCAGCUUAAGGAGCUCGUGGACGUGGAACAGUAUCUUAUGUCCGGAACCUUGUCAGAGAUUACAAAAGAAGACCUGUACGAAGUCAAAAAGCGGGGAUUUAGUGACAAGCAAAUCUCUUUUGCUACAAAGACAACCGAGGAAGAAGUCCGUACCAAGCGGAUUUCUCUAGGAGUUGUUCCAUCUUACAAGAGAGUGGAUACAUGUGCUGCAGAGUUUGAAGCACAUACACCAUACAUGUACUCUUCAUAUGAUUUUGAAUGUGAAUCAGCACCAAACAGCAAGAAGAAGGUUUUGAUUUUGGGUGGAGGCCCAAACCGUAUUGGUCAAGGGAUUGAAUUUGAUUACUGUUGUUGCCACACAUCUUUCGCCUUGCAGGAUGCUGGAUAUGAGACCAUAAUGUUGAACUCAAAUCCUGAAACAGUAUCCACAGAUUAUGAUACAAGCGAUAGGCUGUACUUUGAACCUCUCACAAUCGAGGAUGUUCUCAAUGUUAUCGACCUUGAGAAACCUGAUGGCAUAAUAGUGCAAUUUGGUGGUCAAACUCCUCUGAAACUUGCUCUCCCGAUCAAACAUUAUUUGGAUAAGCACAUGCCCAUGAGCUUGAGCGGAGCGGGACCUGUUCGCAUCUGGGGUACAUCACCUGACUCCAUUGACGCUGCUGAAGACAGAGAGAGGUUCAAUGCAAUUCUCGACGAGCUGAAAAUUGAGCAGCCCAAGGGAGGCAUUGCAAAGAGCGAAGCUGAUGCAUUAGCCAUAGCAAAGGAGGUAGGCUACCCCGUUGUGGUAAGACCUUCUUAUGUUCUAGGUGGACGAGCAAUGGAGAUCGUUUAUGAUGACAGUAGACUAAUAACCUAUUUGGAAAAUGCGGUAGAAGUUGACCCAGAGAGACCUGUUUUGGUAGAUAAAUAUCUCUCUGACGCCAUUGAGAUCGACGUUGAUACCCUUACUGAUUCCUAUGGAAAUGUGGUGAUUGGUGGAAUAAUGGAGCAUAUCGAACAAGCCGGUGUGCAUUCUGGUGACUCAGCGUGUAUGCUUCCAACACAAACCAUCCCAUCUUCUUGUUUGCAAACUAUCCGGCAAUGGACCACUAAGCUGGCGAAGAAGCUAAAUGUAUGUGGGCUGAUGAACUGUCAGUACGCAAUCACAACAUCUGGGGAUGUUUUCUUGCUCGAAGCCAAUCCCCGAGCUUCCCGUACUGUCCCUUUUGUCUCAAAAGCCAUUGGGCACCCUCUUGCCAAGUAUGCAGCGCUGGUUAUGUCGGGCAAAUCUCUCAAAGAUCUUAACUUUGAAAAAGAAGUCAUCCCUAAACAUGUCUCUGUGAAAGAAGCUGUUUUCCCGUUUGAGAAGUUCCAAGGAUGUGAUGUGAUACUCGGGCCAGAGAUGAGAAGCACAGGAGAAGUGAUGAGCAUCAGCUCUGAAUUCUCAAGCGCGUUUGCAAUGGCUCAGAUCGCUGCAGGUCAAAAGCUACCUUUAACUGGCACAGUCUUCCUCAGCUUAAAUGAUAUGACCAAACAGCACCUGGAGAAAAUUGCGGUGUCCUUCCUCGAGCUCGGAUUCAAAAUCGUUGCCACCUCGGGAACAGCUCAUUUCCUGGAGCUGAAAGGCAUUCCUGUAGAGAGAGUGCUAAAGCUGCACGAAGGAAGACCACAUGCUGCUGAUAUGGUGGCUAAUGGCCAGAUCCAUUUGAUGUUGAUCACAAGCUCGGGCGAUGCUCUUGAUCAGAAAGAUGGGAGACAGCUCAGACAAAUGGCUCUAGCCUACAAGGUCCCUGUUAUAACCACUGUGGCUGGGGCAUUGGCCACUGCUGAGGGAAUCAAGAGCUUGAAGUCAAGUGCCAUUAAAAUGACCGCUCUUCAGGACUUCUUUGAGGUAAAGAAUGUAUCUUCUUUGCUCGUCUGAGAUAGUUUUUUUUUUUUUUAAUGUGUUUGAUCGUUUGUGUGGAACUUUUUUACGAUUUCGAUUAAAUUUUAGCGGAUUUUGUUUCCCAUAAGCAUUUCUAUGAAUAAUCUUCGAAAAAUGCAGCAAACUUGUGACUUAUCAGUCGGCGUUGUUCCUGUAAUUCAGAUAUAUACAGGUCUUUGAUUGUAUCCAUUGGCUUAAACUCGAGUUAUGUUCUAUAAAAUUGCUCAAUUGUA